UUUGGCUCUGGCUCCUGCGCACCCUUAAAGUUGCGAUUAGAGUGAGACCGUUAAGAAAACGCGAGAAAGAAGAGAAUCAAACGAUACAAUGGGUAGUUCAAGGGUACUGUGUUGUCUCGACCGAUCCGGAGAUGAAAAAGCGUGGAGAUGGAGGAUUUUGCUCCGAUUACGUCCACAGAUUGACUAUAUGUUUGAUGCGGAUUGCAAACACUAUCAAAAGGGAAUUUUUAUUAAGAGUAUCAUAUUUGGAGCUUUACAGCGAAAGAGUCAACAAUUUAUUGAACAAAAAUAAUACCGAUUUGAAGCUUAAAGAGGACGGUAACGGGCAAAUAGUCCAGAAUUUGUCCACAAAUUGUCUAGAGAGUGUGAUAUCUUUGAUGAAGGAAGGAGAUAAACUAAGAAGAAUUGGAGAAACUAAUAUGAACGAACGUAGUAGUAGAAGUCAUACCAUAUUUAGAAUUAUAAGUUCACUUCGAGCCAAGUGUGUUUUAGAAUACACUGUUUCGACAAAUGUAUAUUUCCCACUUAGACAAUCGAAAGCAGAGAAGUUGAAGGAGAUUCGGAGGAUGCUAUACAAAUCUCGCAAUCGAAUCUAGUAGAUCUCGCUGGUUCUGAAAGGGCAUGACAAAUGGGAGCAACAGGGGAAAGAUUUAAAGAAGGACGACACAUUAACAUGUCUCUGUCAACCCUAGAAUUAGUAAUCAUGCAAUUGAGCGAAUCUCAAGAUAGCCAGAAACAUGUUAAUUUUCGUGACAGUAAAUUAAUAGGACUGUUGCAGACUUCGCUUGGCGGUAAUGCUAUGACGGAUAUACUGUGCGCCGUGACUCCAGCUGCUUUGGAAGAAACUCAAUGCACUUUGUCGUUCGCAUGUCGCGCUAAAAGUGUAAAAAACAAACCAGAAAUUAACGAAGUUAUGUCCGAUGCAGCACUUUUGAAACUAUACGCGAAACAAUUAUCGAAACUUCAAGCAGAAUUACAGAGAAUAAAAACAGGAAAUCGCGUAGCAGAAGGUAAAGCAAUGGAGUCGAAAUUACAGGAAAAAGAAGGCGUCAAUCAGUUGUUGGGAGAGCGUAUAGAAUUGUUGAAGAUGCGAAUCGUGUCUGGAGAUACUACGAAUCAAGAAUCGUUCAAGUAUAAAUCUAAACGGAGACAAACAUGGGGUGGUUCGGGAUUAUUUAAUCAACAUUUGCCUUCUUUUAAGCCUGCAACUGAGUUAUCGUCUAUAAAAAAAGUGUCUUACGAGAAGCCACAUAACAGGAAGAGUAUCAUUAAGUCCGCCGAUAAAAUAAAUCAAACAUUUCAAACGGCUUUCGCCGAUUUCGAAUUAGAAUUAUUUGAAAGUGGAAGAGUUCGCGAAAGUAGAGGAGAUGUUACCGACAGCGACGACGAAUCGAUCGUCACGAAACGUAAUUAUCGUGUUACAUUUAUGGAUGAUGUAUUAAUCGCUAGAUCCAAGGACAGUAUAACACCAGAAAAAAUUAAUCUUAAUAUAACACCAGAGAAAUGUGACAAGGCAACUCAAAUGAUAAGUUAUGAGAUGUCUCCUACCACGCAGAAACAUAUUUUACGACAAUGUAUCGAAGAUUUAACAAAGGAGUAUGUGGAACUCUGUCAAUUUACAGUUAUGGAGAAGUAACUGAUAUGUCAACAAACAAAAUGUAACGUUGAGAGUCUCGAACAGGAUAUAGAAACUCUUCGAAAAAUUAUUUCUUUACUGAAAACUGAGAAUACGGAAAUAGCUGACAAAUUAGCCACAGAACAAGAAAAUGCAAAGAGGGCGGAGCUUGACUUUCAAAAAACAAUCACAAUUACAGUGGAGAAAAUUAAUUUGGAAAGCAAUUUGGAAGCUUUGAGCGACGAACUGAAGUCCACGCGUUCCAGAAUAACGGAAACUCGAUGCGAGGAACAAAUUGUUGCGACGUAUCAAAAUAAAAUCGAUAACUUAACAGCCGAGAACAUCGAAUUAUCGACUACUAUCGUAGAGAAGAAUAACAAGCUUAAAAGUAUCAAAGAAAGUAAGUCGCUCUUGUACAAUCACGAAUGCAUUUAUAAGGAAGAAGUAGCUGUUCUCGCACAAAAGAACGAAUGUUUAGAAUUACAGAAUAACGAACUUUCUACGGAUUUGAUAGACAAAAUAGAAGAAAAUGAUACGCUAAAGGAACGAUGCGAUAUAUUGCAAAGCAAAAUAAAUCAAUUUCAGUUAAUGAAUGAGAAUUCUGUUGAGAAUCGCGAGGAUCAUUUAAAAUCGCAGAAUAACACGUUGAAGGCAGAAAUUGCAGAAUUGAAAGCGAAAAUGACGAUACUUUCUGAAGGGAACACUAAAUUUGCCAAUAACUUAUUAGAACCAAUGGAAGUUUUCGAUCGCCCUAAAUGUGAACAAUUACGGGAUACGUCGAUAACAUUCAACGACAGUAUCGAGACUACAAAUUAUAUCGAAAAUAUAUUGUACAAACAGAAAACCGCGAUGUACUCGCGGGUAUAGUUACAACGUUACAGGAGAAAAUCGGUUACUUGAUUCG